AUGAGCACACGUCAUGAUCGUGAUCAGCUCCCACCUACACUCGUCACUUCUGGCAAAGAGCCCAUAGAUCCCCAAGAAGUCGAGUGGAACAAAUUUCUUUUACGCCUUGCCAAGCAUCGAGAGCAGCGUCCAAACUCCAAUUCGAAGGAUAAUGAUGACGACCACAACGCUACAGAUACCGGCGAACUGAUUGGUGCAUCUCGCUUUGGUACCGAAGGCUCCGCUGGCCGGCAAAAACUGGAGCAUCUCAUGCGACUUGUGGUCGGAGGAAUACCAAUGCGACUCCGCCAUCCAAUCUGGAUGGAGCUCAGUCAUGCGACCACGAUCAUCCGCCCGGACGCCUAUCAGACCCUUCUGAACGAGGCCUCUUCGUUUAAGACAUCAAAUAGUGCUGACGAGAUGGAUGCGAUUCUGAAGGACGUACCUCGCACACUCACCUCGAAGUACGACUUCUAUGCUGAGCGCGGCCACGAUCGGCUGAAACGCGUCCUCGUUGCUUUCUGCCACAAGUAUCCAGGAUUAGGAUAUACCCAAGGGCUAAACAUGAUCGCCGGAUAUAUCCUUCUAGCCAUUCCUGAAGAGUCGGAUGCGUUCUGGCUUCUAUGCACAAUCAUCGAUGAUUUCUUCCCGACAGACUAUUUCGCCAGGGAUGCUGGGCUGAGUGGUCCACUAGUUGACAACGUUGUGCUUCGGGCCUACAUCCGCGAUCUCUUGCCCAAACUAAGUGAUCAUCUAGCAUUUUUGGACAUCCCUCCUGAACAGACUGUGCCAUUGAAUUGGUUCCUGACCGCAUUCACUGCAGUGCUCCCUGCAGAGGCGUUGCUGCGGGUGUGGGACAUCUGGUUGUGCCUGUCCGAUCUGAGAGGCUCCGGAUUGUUCCAUAUAGCACUGGCGUUAUUAUCCAUGCACACCAAACGUCUUUGCCAGUGUCAGACCGCAUCCGAUUACUAUGCCUACAUAUCCUCCCAAUGCCGACUCGUUCCACCCCUAGGAUCUCCACCGCCUGGACCUUCUCCGGACAAAAUUGCGGCGCUCAUCCGCCACGCUGUACAAUUGCGACGGAAGCUCGCACAAGUCGAGAUUCGGCGCGCGCUGGCGAUGAAGAAGUUACGCCGUCAUCCAAGCACAGAUGCAUUGUUCUCGCCCAGUCCGCCCACAGACCGCCGCACACUUACAGAAGAGCAUACAGACGAAGAAAGCGUAGAUGGAGAGGCGGAGCGAUGA